AUACAAGCCAUCUGUGUUACUCCACCAACAGAUGUGUGGGAGUAUGGGAAUGGGAAGGCUGCAACAGACGCUGCAAACUCACAGCUGACACCAGGGCUCUCGUGUGGGAUGGAUUUUUAAGAGGAUUGGCCAGGUGUGCCCUGUUGGGUACAGAUCCUUCUGGAUGGCGAGCUAGACUCAAGAGUUUGAGCCCUGCAACACACAACAACCUUCUGCAGUCUGGUAGGAGGCUGUUUGAAAGCCAGCCCACUCCCAUCUUUUUGUCCUGCUCACCGCUCACAUUUACACUGGUUGAAGAGCGCGCAUAUGGACAUUUAUUCAAUUUUCAUGGACUUUGUUUAUUAUUUGACAACUCAUACAUACUGCAUUGUGAAAGGUUGUGUGUCCAAUCUACCGGGCCAUUGCGUCCAGACAUCUUCCACUUCAGAAUAUCCAGAUGGUUCAUUUGGACUCUCACCCUGACCUGCUCGUCCCCGUCAACAUGCCUGCUGACACGGUCUUUGACAAAGAGAAACUCUUCAGUGAACUGAGUAUAGAAAACUGGAUAAUGCCCAUGGUGUAUGCUGGUCAUGUGUCCGGUGUGGCAUGGCUGCAUCCAUACUGGUCCCAGCAAAUCAGAGAAGGAGAACACAAGAUGACUGUAGGCAGAGACUCCUCUACCACCACCAUCAGGCUGACUUCUACAGAUAAUUAUUUCCUCAGUGAUGGUCUGUAUGUUGGUGAAGACCAGCUGGAGAGCUCAAAGCCUCUGAGACUGAACGUGGUCAGAGUCAAUCCGGUCAAACCAAGUCACAUUACAGGGCAAAGCACUGAGAAGGACACAGAGGGAUGUUUUGCCAAGAGACCUCGGACGGAGAGGAGUAAGGAUGGAGAAACCAGUCAUACCCAGUCCCACUCAGCAACCACUGACCCACUGCAGCCAGCAGGGGGCAGCAGCAGCAAUGGGAUGUUAGAUGGUGAUGAUGGUGAAGGAUCCACCAGUUAUGUUGUUGAGAGAAUAACUUCAUUUCUGGAUGAAAACGACCCAUACAUCCUGGACAUUGAUAUGGAUUUCUUCUCCUGUAAAAACCCCUUUAAGGAAUUAUACACAGAGGAGGAAUACUCCCUCUUGAAGGAGCUGUACAACUUCAGAGAACCCGGCCUGAAUGCCAAUAAGGAGGAGCUCGAUGAAUGUGUCGACCGUCGUAUUCAUCAGUUAGAAGACCUGGAAGGAGCAUUUGCUGAUCUCCUGGAGGAUGAUGGAGAAGAGACAGUUAAACACUGGGCCAGCAAACCAGGCAUGUCUUCGUUAUCCCAACUGGUUUCUAUUAUGAAGGCAAAAAAUCCCAGUCCUGACUACGAAAUGGUUCACCAGGCAGGGUUAACCUGCGACUCAGUUGAGCUUCCUCAUCACAUCAGCUCUGACGAGGAGAUCGACAGAUUAAUUUUAGCUGUUCAGCGGUUCCUGGAUGCUCUGCCCCCCCCCACACUGGUGACCAUAUCCAGGUCCAGUCUGGAUGAGUACUGCCCUGCCAAACAGGUGGAUUCAAUCCAGAGCAAAGUUCUGGCCAUUCUGGGUGACCUGUAUGGAGAACUGGACCUGCAUAAAGAUUAUGAAACCAAUAACAUAGACACUAAGGACGGUCCGAAAAUAUAAAUAUUCAGUAACUCCUAUUUACAUGUGUGUAAGCUUUCAUCAACACUGACAUUAAACAUUGUGUGCAGUGAAAUGCAGUUUUGAUCGGACCAAAGAAGAGGUCUCAGUUAACUCUGGUGUGGUGCGCCGGCAAUGUGAAGGCCAACGGACCUUCCAGUGAACCAUGAGGAAGAAAGUAGUUCGACAUGGUGGAUAUUUGGCUGCCUGCCUUGCUGGCUCAUACCAGACAGAUUCUGGUGAAUUGGUGUUGUAUACUGCAAAUAAAGCUCAACUGAAUUAAAUUUA